CAAACGUAGGACAUUAUCGAGCCCAAUGAAUGAAGAUUUUCUUUAUUGUUUGACGUCUAUACAAGAUUAAAACUGAUUUAAAUACGCUCCUCGGUCCCCCUUUGAGUUACUCUACUGAAAACCAUGAAGGUUCUAGUAGUAUUCUGUGCUUUCGUUGCAUUGUGCGCUAGUAGCGCCAUCCCCGUGGUCCCUGGAGAUAAUAGCCACUAUGUGGAGGGGGAGAGUCGCUACAUCUGGAUGCCUGAUGGUGAAGGAGUGCCGCACUUAGUGGACCUGCACGAACCUGCCGACGAAGCACUCCUCGCCUCACGAAAUGGCGCCAACAACCAGUACUGGCUUUAUACCAGACAAAAUCCCACCAACCCUCAAAUUAUCGUCAACGGCAACGCUAACUCCAUCUGGAACUCCAACUACGUGGCCAGUCGUCCCUUGAAAGUCGUUGUUCACGGCUGGAACAGCAAUGGAAACUCUGGGAUAAACCCGCUCAUCACAUCUGCCUUCCUCGCCGUUCAGGAUGCCAAUGUCAUCGUUGUGGACUGGCGCGCUCUCGCUAACUCCAAUUACCUCAGCGCUGCCAACGGUGUCCCUGGUGUUGGCCAGUUCCUCGGAAACUUCCUCAUCUGGCUGAUCGGCACUGCUGGGGGAAACUGGAACAACGUACACUUGGUCGGCUUCAGUUUGGGGGCUCACGUCGUUGGUAAUGCUGGACGUACGACUAGCGGUCGUGUUGCUCGUAUUACAGGUUUGGAUCCUGCUGGUCCCAUAUUCGGUGGAAAUUCCAAUGCUCUGAACCCUAAUGACGGCCAAUACGUGGAAGCCAUCCACACCGACGGUGGUCUCUUGGGAAUUUUCGACCGAAGUGCCAACGCUGACUUCUACCCCAACGGAGGCAGGAACCCUCAGCCUGGUUGCUGGAUCAGUACCUGUUCUCACAGCAGAGCAUACGAUCUGUUCGCGUCCAGUGUGCGCACCAACCACUUCGUCGGCAGACUUUGCUCCAACACCAACCAAGCACAGAAUAACCAAUGUACUGGCAGCACUUUCAACAUGGGCAAUGCCAUUAUUUCCAAACGAGGAAGCGGUAUCUACGGUCUGACUACUAGCAACAACUGGCCCUACUGAACAACCUUUCGGUCGUGAUUGAAGGGUUUUAACGAUUAAAGCUUUAAUUAUUUACAACUA